GUGAUCGUGAUGAGCGCAACUCUAGAUGCCGGCAAGUUUCAAAUUUAUUUCGAUAACUGCCCUCUGCUCACCAUUCCUGGCCGUACGCAUCCGGUGGAGAUUUUUUAUACUCCGGAGCCCGAACGGGAUUACCUCGAAGCAGCCAUCCGUACAGUAAUACAGAUCCAUAUGUGCGAGGAAGAGGAAGGAGACCUGCUCCUUUUUCUGACUGGACAAGAGGAGAUAGAUGAAGCCUGCAAGAGGAUAAAGCGUGAAAUUGACGACCUGGGCCCUGAAGUGGGUGACAUUAAAAUCAUCCCCUUAUAUUCCACACUUCCCCCUCAGCAACAACAGAGGAUUUUUGAGCCCCCACCUCCCAAAAAACCAACUGGUGGGAUAGGACGAAAGGUGGUCGUAUCAACUAAUAUUGCUGAGACAUCAUUGACAAUAGACGGUGUUGUUUUCGUCAUUGAUCCUGGCUUUGCGAAACAAAAGGUCUACAAUCCGCGAAUCAGGGUGGAAUCUCUGUUGGUUACCGCGAUUAGCAAAGCUUCCGCUCAACAGAGGGCUGGCCGUGCCGGUCGUACUCGGCCCGGCAAAUGUUUCCGGCUCUACACAGAAAAAGCGUACAAAACCGAGAUGCAGGACAACACCUAUCCUGAGAUUUUGAGGUCGAACUUGGGUUCUGUGGUAUUACAGCUGAAGAAACUUGGUAUAGACGAUUUAGUUCACUUCGAUUUUAUGGACCCGCCAG